ACUGAGAGGCUUCUACAUGGUCAGGAGUCUGUAUCUCUACCUGUUAUUCACUUCAGUAAGGAUUGAUUGAUAUGGUGUUUGCUCUGAUCAUCUCUGAAUGAACAAUGGAGAUGUAUGGUGUCCUGCUUCUGCUCGCUGUUAUUGUCAGUACUGAGACUCAAGUUAUGCACAGGGACAGUCAGUUUCUUGGAUGUUCUGAUACAGAGAAAGAGUUUAUGUAUGGAUUUGAUGGAGAGGAACUGUACCAUUCAGACUUCAUUAGACAAGAAGGAGUAGUGACACUGCCUGACUUUGCAGAUCCCAUCGGCUUUACUGGAUUUUAUGAGGCUGGUGUUGCUAAUAUAGAGGUGUGCAAACAAAACUUAGCCCAAGACAUUAAGCUUUCCAAACCCACAGUUGAGCAACUAGCCCCCCCAGAUGCCUCAAUCUAUUCAAAAGAUGACGUGGUGCUGGGUGUUGAGAACGCCCUCAUCUGUCAUGUGACUGGACUCUUCCCUCCACCUGUCAAUGUAUCCUGGACUAAAAACAAUCAGAUUGUGACAGAGGACGUGAGUCUAAGCCAGUACCGCAUAAAAAAUGAUGGCACCUUCAACAUCUUCUCCUCGCUGAAGUUCACACCUGCAGAGGGAGACAUUUACAGCUGUACUGUGUCCCACAAAGCUCUGGAGAGACGUGGUAUAACCAAAACAUGGGAUGUGGAUGUUGCUGUGCCCGGUGUUGGUCCAGCUGUGUUCUGUGGAGUGGGUCUGUCUCUGGGGCUGCUGGGAGUCGCUGCUGGAACUUUCUUCCUCAUUAAAGGAAACAACUGCAACUGACAGAUCUGAUUUACAUGUCAACAAAUUCUUGUUUUAUAAUUCAGAUUCUUUGAACUUCUAAUUAACAUUCUCCACCAAUGAAAACUGGUACUAUAAUAAUUUUGUGUACCACUGUACAUGACAAACCAUGUUCAAGUUUGGCUGGCGUCCUAGUCUAAUUAUUGCUCUGGCACAACAUGAUUUUUUUCAUUUUUUCAAAUAUUCAUUAGUGAUUAAAAUUAAAUUUUUCUUUUGAAAUUUACAGCAAACACACAGUGCAACGCAUUUUUUAGAAGUUCGCUAAAACAAUCAAUCCUUAUCUAACUCAUUAUCACCAUCGACAGUUUAUGGUUCAUCAUAAAUUAGGAGUCUAUGUUUCAAGAUAAUCAAGUCAGUGAAAUCACUAAAUAAUAUUAAAAUCUAGAUAUUUGUUCACAGA